AGCAGCGACCAGUCGCCGCCGCCGAUGCAGGCUCUUCCAACACUGCCGACUGCCUCACCGCAUUGGAGAUGCGCGUCGGCUCCCUCCAGGACGGCGCACAGUUACAGCAGACCGCGACGCAACAAUUGCAGCAGCGGAUCUGCACUACCGCCACUACCUCGAGUCCGGAGCCACGCGAGACAACUCCAAAGUUCGAUGGGCAGGAGAUCUUCUGCGACUCAAUGAAGACAGAUCCGAUUCCAUGGUUUCGCAAGUUCGAGCUCACGCUGCAGCUCCACAACGUCAAGGAACUCAAGCACCAAGCAUACUUGUACUCUCGCUCAGGGGGCGGGUGUCAGGCUUGGUUGGACAACCUGUUGUCCAAGUACGGAGUGGUAGCCAACGACUUGCACACCAAGAUCAGUUGGGAUGAUUUGAAGGCGGCGUGGCACAAGCGGUUCCAGGUGGAGCCGUCGGAGAUCAAAGCCAUGGACAAGCUCAUGGUCUUCGAGCAAGGYACGCUGCCGAGUACGGACUGGAUCGCCGAGUACCAACGCUUGACGUCAGUCCCAGACAUCCAGAUGGGCUUCAAGGCCAUCCGCCAUUACUUCAUCUCAAGGUCAUGUCCGACAUUAAGCAAUGCCCUGACUCAUGUCGAGGACACCUUGACGACGACGGCGGAGUUGUUCGACAAGGCUGCGCAGAUCAUUAUCACGAACAAGGAGGCCAAGAACCUCCGUUCAUCUGUGUCACGCCCGAGCAGGGACCAGCAUCGGCCAAGAGUGGCCGUGGUCGCAACGGCAGCGCCGUUGGACCAAACCAGUGAGGCUGUGUCUGCCAGUGAAGGGGACAGAUUCGCAGCCGCCCGGGAAGACGCAGGGUUGCCCAUUGAAAGGCAAGGGCAGACAGGAAAACUGAGCACCGUCGAGAGUGACUCGACGACACUCUCGACGCCUUCGGAACCGGUUUCUUCGCGAGUAACCGGCCUUCAUUCUGAGGCGCACGCGGAAGUCGAUAGUCCCCCUCUUCUACUUUCUUUUGAGGACUAUGCUGCCUGGCUCGUUCCUACGCUGGGUACUCAAGCUCAAGGACAAGGAGUGUGUGCGGUUUCUUCUCCAUCCGACAACGGCAACAUAUCGUCUUCAAGUGGUUCUUCACGGGAUUCGGCACGCGAGUUCAACAUAGAGGCAUUGGACCCGCUCACGUCUGAGGACUUUGCAUGGCUUCCUCUUCCGACCACAGGCCGCUUGCCGGGACCGCAAUGCACAGCACUUAGCGCUCAUCUCCACACUUACCUUUCCUUCUAUGCACCACCAACUUCGCCGACGGAUGACGAAGUCGCGGUGGGGGACAUCUUGGCAUAUACUACCAAGGUGGCCCGCGAGUUUCGCACGCAGCGGUACGAUGACAACAACGCACCGCUCGUGUAUGUCCGCAUUCAGGUUGGGCAAGCGUCCUGCAGCGCUUUGCUGGAGAGCGGCGCGUCUCGCAACUUCAUGAGCCAGUCCUUUAUGCAAAUGGUUGGCCUUGGCGCACAAGUUCGGAGGAAGGCAAACCCGACAGCGAUCAAGUUGGCGGAUGGAAAGACACAACAACUCCUCGACCGUUACAUCGAGGCCGUACUGGUCUACUUCGCACCUCAUGCAUGCGAACCGGUAACAUUCGAUAUUCUCGAUACGGACUUCGACAUCAUUCUGGGAAUUCCUUGGCUUGCAAGUGCGGAUCACACGAUCAACUUCCACCGGCGGACUCUUAGCGUCCGCAACGCCUUCGGCGCGAAAGUGGCGUGUACUAUUCCUCUACCGCACCCUUCGAUCCGGUGCCAAGUGGUGACGGCCAAAUCAUUCCGGGCGACUUGCGCUUACGAGCAGCCCGAGGAGAUUGACCUAUGUUUUCUACGGACCGUCACGGUAGCCGACUCUUCACCCACAGACUUGUCUUCGGACCCCCGUGUGGUACGGUUGCUGGACGAGUUCGCCAAUAUCUUCGAGUCUCCUACCGGUGUGGUGCCGGAUCGGCCGAUCUCUCACGAGAUCAUUCUUGAGGCCGGUGCUGUGCCGCCGAAAGGUUGCAUCUAUCGGAUGAGCGAGGAGGAACUUGAGGUCCUCCGUGCACAACUCGACGAUUUGUUGGCCAAGGGCUGGAUCCGCCCGAGUAGCUCCCCAUAUGGAGCACCAGUUCUCUUCGUCGGGAAGAAGAACAAGGAUCUACGAUUGUGCGUCGACUUCCGCAAGCUCAACGCGCAAACCGUAAAGAAUGCAGGGCCUCUUCCUCGCAUCGACGAUCUUGUCGAGCGGCUGGGCAGUGCCAAGUAUUUUUCCAAGUUGGAUUUGAAAUCAGUAUAUCAUCAAAUCUCGAUUCAGCCGAAUGAUCGCUAUAAAACCGCAUUCAAGACGCGGUACGGGCAUUUUGAGUGGGUGGUCAUGCCUUUUGGCCUCACCAACGCCCCGACGACAUUCCAGGCGGCGAUGACCAAUGAGUUCCGUGCAAUGUUGGACCGGUUCGUGCUGGUCUACUCAGACGAUAUUCUCUACAAGGCCAACCGCGACAAGUGCGAAUUUGUCCGGCAAGAGCUGGAAUACUUGGGCCAUUUUGUCACACCGGAGGGCAUCAGUCCGAUAUCGGACAAGAUUCAGGCCGUCCAAGAGUGGCCGGAGCCUUGGAACGUCACGGAUGUCCGCUCGUUCCUCGGUCUUACCGGCUACUAUCAGCGCUUCAUCAAAGGCUACUCCAAGAUCGCGGCCCACUUGAACAAGCUUCAGUGCGAGGAUCGGCCGUUUGACUUUGGAGAGGAGGCGCGGGGAUCAUUCCUCGCUCUCAAAGCCGUGCUAUUGUCUGCGGAGAUCUUGCGGAUAUACGACCCGCUCGCGCCUACACGUGUCACUACGGAUGCGUCAAGCUAUGGCAUUGGUGCAGUCCUCAAGCAACAUGAUGGUGUGGACUGGCACCCGGCCGAGUACUUCAGCAAGAAAGUGCCACUCGUGCAUUCCAUUGACGAUGCACGCAAGAAGGAGCUCCUCGCCUUCGUCCACGCGCUCAAGCGGUGGCGGCACUUCCUCCUUGGUCGAAGCCAAUUUUGCUGGGUGACGGACAACAAUCCGUUGGUCUUCUACAAGACCCAAGACAUCGUCAACAGCACCAUCGCUCGAUGGAUGGCUUUCAUCGACCAGUUCGACUUCUUUCCCGAUCACAUUCCCGGGAAGUCGAACCGUUUUGCAUAUGCUCUUUCACGGCGUCCGGAUCAUUGUACCGCGGUCUACUCAACCUUCGAGAUCGAUGACGACCUGCGGAACACUUUCAGCCGCGGCUACCAAGCCAACCCCGAGUUUCGCGACAAGUACGCGAAUUGCUCCUCUCCUACUCCGGCUCCUUCUCACUACCGGAUCCAAGAGGGGUACUUGCUUGUCCACACGCGGGGGAAGGACCUUCUUUGCGUACCAAGUGAUCCUCAAUUGCGUACACGGCUUCUUGGCGAGUUCCACGAUGCUCCCUCCACCGGACACUUUGGAGUCAAUCGCACGAUUGGCCGACUUCGCCAGCGAUUUCGGUGGUCUGGCCUUCUUGGCGACGUCACGCGCUAUUGCGAGUCAUGCGAGGUUUGCCGACGCUGCAAAUCCCGCAACCAUCGUCCGUACGGCGAGUUACGACCAUUGCCAGUCUCGUUGAGGCGAAGGGAAGCGAUUGCCAUGGACAUUACCGGCCCGUUCCCCAAGCACAAGACCGGAGUGGAUGGGAUUCUUACGGUGGUUGACCGACUCACCAAGUUCGCCAUGUUUUUACCUUGUUGCUAUCAUGCGAAGGCACCGGAGUUGGCCGAGGUUCUUUACGCCGGUUGGAUUCGAACCAAGGGUUACCCCAAGGCGAUCGUCUGCGACCGCGACACUCGGUUUAUGUCCGAUUUUUGGUUGGCGCUCAUCAAGCGAUGGGGCUCAUCUCUCAAGCCCUGUUCAGCUCGCCACCCUCAGACCGAUGGCCAGACGGAGAGGGCGCAUCAGACCGCACAGGUUCUUCUUCGCACUCUCAUCCGCCCUGACCAGAAAGACUGGGUUGAGCGACUGCCGGACGUCGAGUUGGCCUACAACUCUUCCAUCCACCCGGCUAUUGGGAUAUCACCCUUCGAGUUCGAGCGCGGCUCGCCGGUCACGUCACUAUUACUCCACACACGGCCGAGAGCGAUGACCAUCUUCUUUUCUUGCGUCGGAUGCAAGAGCUUCUUGUCAAGGCACGCGACCACAUGGCUAAGACGCAACAGCGCAUGAGCCAGCAGGCCAAUCGCCAGCGUCUUCCUUGUCCAUUCCGCGU